AAGUGAACUAACUAACAAGAACAAUGAACUAUUUUCUAAUCGCCCUAACAAUCCUGGCACCAUUAACUGCUGCAGCCAGUGUGGGAACAGAUCUAAAAGCAGAUGGGCAGUCAAAGGCGCCACCUAUCAAAUCGGCUUUUGUGGAAUCCUUGGAGCAACUGCAUAGACCCCCACCUCGUGAACCUGCUUUGAAACGUGCCAAUGUGGAGACGCGUUGGUUCACCCAGUAUCUAGACAAUUUUGAUGCUAGUAAUAAUGCUACCUGGCAGAAUCGCUACAUGAUCAACGAAGAUUACUAUGUGGAGGGAUCACCCAUUUUUGUUUAUUUGGGAGGUGAGUGGGCCAUCGAUGCAUCUGGAAUAUCCUCAGGACUCUGGGUUGAUAUUGCCAAGCAACACAAUGGCUCUCUCCUCUAUACAGAACACCGUUUUUUUGGCGAAAGCAUUCCUAUCAAGCCACUUUCCACAAAAAAUCUGAAAUAUCAAUCGGUUGAUCAGGCAUUGUACGAUGCCUACUCAAUUAUCGAGUCGUUGCUACUCACGGAUAAAUAUAACGGUUCCAAAGUUGUUGUCUCUGGCUGUUCAUACUCAGCUUCAAUGGCCACUUGGAUGCGACAAUGGUUUCCCGAUGUUGUCAGAGGCAGCUGGGCCUCUUCGGCUCCACUUGUGGCUAAAGUUGAUUUUGCCAAAUACAUGGUAGUAAUUGGAAAGGCAUACAAUGAUUUAGGGGGUGAAUAUUGCUAUAAUCUGAUAGACAACGCCACUACAUACUAUCAGAACUUGUUUGCCACUGGUCAAGGUGAAAAGGCCAAAACGGAAUUGAAUCUCUGUGAAGAUUUCGAUGUCGAUAGCGAGAGCGAUCAAUGGCAAAUCUUCAGUACUAUAGCAAAUAUAUUUGCUGCAAUCGCUCAAUAUCAAAAACCCCAAAACUAUGAUUUGCCCAAAUAUUGCUCUGUUCUGAGAAGUUUCAGUGAUGACGAUGCCACCGCCUUGUCAAAAUUUGUUCAGUGGCGUUUAAAGAAACCAGCUUGCGUUCAAGCAACUUAUCAAGGAGCUGUGGACUACUACCUUUGGUCUAAGAACAACUAUGACGACCCUAGCUUGGGUUGGACCUAUCAGACUUGCAAUGAAUUCGGUUGGUUCCAAUCAUCGGCUAGCAGUAAGCAACCGUUUGGGAAAUCUUUUCCUGCCACCUUGUACACGGAUAUCUGUUAUGAUGUCUUUAGUUCGAAUUAUACUGUUGCCAACAUUGAUUCUAAAAUUGCUGCAACCAAUAAGCAAUUCGGCGGACUCAAUCCAGGAGUGACCAAUGUCUAUUUCGUCCAGGGAGCUUUGGAUCCUUGGUCUAAGGUGGGCGCUGGUAUCAGCCAGGGGGCAACGAUUAUACCCUACGCUUCACAUUGUCCGGACGUGGAUUCUAUAAGUGCUAGCGAUAGCGCAGAAUUGCGUGCCUCCAAGGAGAAAUUGGCAGAAUUGGUUAGCGAAUGGUUGAAAUAGUAAUAAAGAAUAAAUAAUAAUAAUAAUAAUACAAAACCAAAA